GUUCUAGCUACCCUAGGGAGAAAGAAAAAGAAAAAAAUUGGCUUUGGGAUUUCCCAGGAGUAGUAUUGUUGGGGGAGGUCGGUGCAUUUGGAGGAAAGGUGAGUAAAUAAUUGCAAAGGGGGGUGGGGUGGAUUUGUUGCUGCUUUUCAAAGAGCAGAAACAACGACUUGGAGGGAGGAUGCAAUCUGAAAUCUCAUUUCUUUGCAACCAUCAAGUUCAGCCCGGGAACAAGUGGUUUGCAAAAGGGCUGAUUUUCAGAGAAGAAAGCGACCAAUGAUUCCAGAACUGUCAGAUCUUCACAUCGCCUUCCCUAUAGGCGUUUGCCUUUAAAUGGCGGCGCUGACCUGCAGGAGUUAAGCCCGCAGGAGCUGCUGUUUAGCCGGCGUGGAGAUCGGCGCGGAUCACCUGCUGGGUUGCUGCGGAUUGAAAGGGGUGCAGCAGGGCAAGGCCCGGCGCUGCUGAAUAAACGGGCCCUUUCUCUCUGUGUGUAUACGUUGCUUGUUUGCUUUCCCCCUCCUUUUGUAGCCUGCAGAUCAGACAAGUGGGCAGGCACACAAUCCCAGGUCCAAGGCACUUGCAUAUUAACCUACAAAGCUCGGAGCAGCAGCGUGGGACCCAGAUCGGAGAGGGUGAGCCUGUUGUUGGACUCAGACUCCUGUCAAUAUGGCCAGUGCCAAGAAUGAUGGGAUUUGUAGUCCACCGGCAUCUGGGGUCGCCACAGGCCACCCAUCCCCCAAAGUGCCUUCUCCCUGACUAAUUUACCCGCUUGCUAAGAAAUGCUGGGGAUGCCACCCCCAAUGAUAAAACUAAAUAUGUGGUGACACGAGAAAUGGCGUUCUCAAUGCAGAGACUUGAGCAGCGACAAAUCUUUGUGGGUUUUUGGUGCCAGCUAAAAAUGUCUAUAUUUACCCAGGCCAUUUAUUAACAGACCCUGUGUUUGCUGCUACAUGGCAGCAAUUCGUUGUUGCUUCCCGCAUAAUAAUAAUAUUAAUAAUAAUAAUUUAUUUAUACCCUGCCCAUCUGGCUGGGUUUCCCACUCUGGGUGGCUUCCAACAAAAUAUUAAAAAUACAUUAAAACAUCAGUCAUUAAAAACUUCCGUAAACAGGGCUGCCAUCAGAUGUCUUCUAAAAGUCAGAUAGUUGUUUAUUUCCUUGACAUCUGGUGGGAGGGCGUUCCACCGGGCAGGCGCCACUACUGAGAAGGCCCUCUGCCUGGUUCCCUGUAACUUCACUUUUGGCAGUGAGGGAACCGCCAGAAGGGCUGAAUGAUGGGGGUGGAGACGCUCCUUCAACCCUGCAUCCAAACUGUCAUCACCCCAAAGCGCUAACUUCAUUUACAAUUUAUUUUUAUGAUGUUAAGUUGUUGUUGUUUUAAAAACUGAUAUUGUGUUCUGAUACCGAAACCUGCCACAAGACCUUAGGGUAAAGGGCAGGUAAUAAAUGAAUGAAUGAAUAAAUAAAUUACAUUAACAAAAUACAGUUAAAACCAGCAGUAAAACAGUAACAGCCAGCAUCAGUUUAGGUUCCAAUCGUGUGCCUGCUUACAGGGAGUAAAUCCCAUUGAAUUCAAUUUGGCCAUUAAUAGGUAGUAAGUUAUGUUUCUCACAGUCUGUGCUUGUUUUUUCCCCCCUCAGAGAGAAGCUUCACUGCAUAAGUAUGUUGUGUGACGUACCACUUGUUUAAAAACACAAAAUCCCCACUUCUAUGGAAAACGACCUCUUCUUUUGACCAAAUCGCAGAGCAGGGCUGUGAGAGCAGCAAAGAGGAAUCCUGAAGAUUCCAACAAGUUCUCGGGGAGAGGGUGUCUACAAGUCCAGAGCUCCACUCUUUUCUCUGAGAGGAAAUGGCAACCAAGAAAGGGUCUGCGCCGGCUGGCAGAUGCCAGGCCACACCAGCGCCUUCCAGUGUCAAAAUGGAGGAACGUGACCCAGCAGGCCCCAAACCAGCCGAGGGAGCAGAAAAAGCGGGGAAAUCUCCUCGUGUCCUUCAGGUUGGGACCAUCAGAGAGUUCCUUGACUGGGCCGCCCCGCUGCAAGUGAAACAGGAGCCCGAUGAGGGUUUGCCCGAAUGCUGGGAAGCCCAGUGGCAAGAGUUCCUCCGAGCCAUGCAGUCCUCUCACUUGGGAUGGGGCAACCCACCAGUGACAGAGGAAGCUGCGCCAUGGGGGGACAACAAGGCCUUCUUCGCCUCCUUCGAGCGGCUAGCUGGGACCUGCCACUUGCCUCGACGGGAGUGGCUGGCCCGCCUGCUGCCCGUCCUGAGCCGGGAGGCCAAAGAGGCCUACAGCAACCUCAGCCUGCAGGACCGAGGAGAGUACGGCAAAGUCAAGGCGGCCAUUUUGAAGGUGGACGCCAUCCGCAUGGAGACGCAGCGCCAGCGCUUCCGGCAGUUCCGCUACCACGAGGCCAAGGGUCCCCGGGAGGUGUGCGGCCAGCUCCGGGAGCUGUGCCGCAGUUGGCUGAAGCCGGAGAAGCACACCAAGGAGCAGAUCUUGGACCUCCUGGUUCUUGAGCAGUUCCUCACCCUCCUGCCCCAGGAAAUCCAGAGCUGGGUGAGGGAGCACGACCCGGAGACCUGCGCCCAAGCAGUGCCUCUGGCCGAGGCAUUCCUGCUGAGGCGGCGAGAGGCCGAAAGGAAGGAAAAACAGGUAACUUCUCUUAAUCUUGUUCCAGGUAGCUUGCGGCAGGAGCUUCCGUGGUCGCCUCGGAGCUCAACAUUUUACAAAAGCGCUGCACAGAGAUGGCUCUCAGAAACCAAAUUCCUUGAGCUUUGCAUAAUAUGUGUGUGGUUUCCUACCUGCACCACUUAUUUGUGUGCGGACAAAUGUAAUUUAAAACCACAUGAGUAUCUGCAAAUAUCAGGGAUUUCAUGUUUCUUGAACUGAUUUUAGAAUGAAUUGAUUUUAGAAUGCAUUUCAAUUAAAUGGUUGUGAUUUUAUGUAAACUGUGUUACUUUUAUUGUUGCUAGCCACUCUGAGCCCUGCUUCUGCUGGGGAGGGCGGGAUAUAAAUAAAAUUAUUAUUAUUAUUAUUAUUAUGAUUAUGAUUAUGAUUAUGAUUAUGAUUAUGAUUAUGAUUAUUAUUAUUAGCACAUGGGCACCUGCAGGAACAGGAUGCUGGACUAAAUGGGCCAUUGGCUUGAAUCACCAUGUUCUUACGACAUCUGUGUACUGGUUUGUGUAUUAAGUUAGGAAGUGCAAAUGAUGUAGGUUUGCAUUGAGAAGCAAGCCAAACUAAUUUCUUUCCCCCGUUCGUACGUUUAAAUUAACUGCUGUUGCAGGCACUGGAAGCCCCAGCUGUGAAUCGUCCCGAGGCAAAGCCAUCUCCCAUGGGUCCCGGACUGAAGCGGCUGUGCAGAGAGGUGAAGCAAGAGGAAGCCAGAGCACAGGGUAAGGAUUUGCUGCCUUCUAGGCGUCAGAGUUUAUUGCGUGUUUCUUAGGGCCUGGCUACUUCUGUCUUGGGAGUGUGAGCGGUUCGCGGUAGCUAUGAGAGUGGUGAUGCCACCUGGAUGCUCGACCACCCAAGCCCUUUCUUUCCAUGAAAGGACUGACAAGAAACAGCCACGGAUUUUGGCUGGGCCCAGGAAGGCCAAGGCUCCACCCCAUUGCUGAACUACAACUCCCAUCAGCCCUAGCAAGCAUGGUCAACAGUCAGGAUUAUGGGAGCAAUAGAACAACUGGAAGGCUCUAGGUUCCUCAUCUCUGGUAUAGGAGACGAGGCUUCCUUUGCAGUCCAAAUGAUACAGCUCAGACAGAGGUCUACUUCUUUGAAAACUAGACUAUAGUAAAGCAGUCUAGUUGGGAUUUGGGGUUGGAACAUGAUUGCUGGGCCUAUUCAUUCUGCCCUCUGAAAAACUGUCAGCUCAUGUGAAAAGGGUUUCUUUCUCUUCAGCAUCUUGGGAGACACAAGUAUAUAUCAUUUUUAUUAAGUCUCGAACAAUAUUUCAAAGCAUUUAUCAUCAUAUACAUUUUCUAAAAAACAUACAAAGUUUCUUCUUUACUUUCCUGGUGUUUGUUGUUUAUUCCUUUUUAUUAGCUGUUUUAUAACACAGAUAUUUUAAUUAUCUAAACCCUGCUAGCAUUGAAGCUUUUAUAUUUCAAACCCUGACCACAACUUCAUAUGUUGGUGAUAUUUUGAUAGGAGAUAUAUCAGUGGUCUCCAAUCCUCCUUAAACACUUCGUCAUUAUUCCCUCUUUGUUUGGCAGUUAAUUUCACCAUUUCAGCAUAGCCCAUCAGUUUCAUAAGCCUUUCCUCCUUAGUUGGUAAUCCUUCCUCUUUCCACCUCUGUGCAUACGAAGUUCUAGCUGACGUUGUCGCGUACAUAAACAAAUUAGCCGGUUUUUGGGGGAUCUCUGCCCCCAUAUUGGGAGACACAAGUUCAUUAGGAAACGUGAGGUCUCUUCUCCCGCCCCCCCUUUUCUUUUAGACAAAGGUAGCUCCAGCAGUGACUACGUGGAGAGGAGAGGAAACCGGAGCACAGAAAACGGACUGAAGACUCCUAGCAGAGCCCGCCCAGGGGAAAGGCACUUCCAGAGUCCCGAGGGCAGGAAAGGUUUCCACCAAAACCCGGCCCUCAUUAAACACCAGCGAGUCCACGCGGCAGAGAGUCCCCACCAGUGCCCGGAUUGCGGGAAGCACUUCACUCAGCGCUCCAGCCUCACCAUCCACCGGAGAAUCCACACGGGCGAGAAGCCGUACCCUUGCCCCCAGUGCGGGAAGUGCUUCCGCCAGAGCUCGAACCUUCUCAAACAUCAGAGAAUCCACUCGGGCGAGAAGCCGCACCAGUGCCCCGAGUGCGGGAAGUGCUUUGCUCAGCGCUCAAACCUUCUCAUCCACCAGAGAACCCACACCGGUGAGAUGCCCUACGUGUGCUCCGAAUGCGGGGCCUGCUUCAGCCAGCACCGAGGCCUGGUCACCCACCAGAGGAUCCACAUGGAAGAGAUGCCGUAUGGCUACGGCUGUCCAGACUGCGGGAAGUGCUUCCAACAGAACUCGGACCUCACCAAACACCUGAGGGUCCACACGGGCGAGAAGCCCUACAGCUGCCCCGAGUGCGGGAAGAGCUUCAGCUACAGCUCGAACCUCAGCAAACACCAGAGGAUCCACACGGGCGAGAAGCCCUACCUGUGCAACGUCUGUGGGAAAAGCUUCAGCCACUUGUCGACCCGGAACACGCACCAGAGAGUCCACACCGGGGAGAGGCCGUACGGAUGCACCGAGUGUGGGAAAAGGUUCAUUUCCAGCUCAAAGCUCACGAGACACAUGAGAACGCACUCGAUAUACACCCCUUACAUCUGCAACGAGUGUGGGAGGAGCUUCAGCACUCACUCUUCCCUUACCACACAUCAGAGAAUCCACUCUGCUGAGAGCUACAGCGUGGGGAAUUCUUGGGAGGCUGCUGAGCAGGGGCCCAGCAACCUCUCUGGCCGGGUAUCACUUCUGUGACUGGUGCCUCUUGCCCUGUCCCUUUAUGAUUUAGCCUUUCCUGGUCACACAGGUCCAUCUCAGCACUCGUAGAAAGGGUGCUAGUCCCUAAGGUGUUUGGAAUCGGGAGGGCCUGCGCAAUGCAGGCGGGAAGCGAGGAUAGAGGAGGGUCUAGGAUUAGUACUGGUGGUUUUUUGGAAAAUAGAAGUAGGCUGAGAAUAGGAUAGUAAGGGGGAAUGGAAGCGAGAUUUCAGGCUUAUAUCGGCGGUUAGUUUUAGAAGCGGUGUGAUGGCUAGUGCAGAACAGAGGAGCAAAGAAGCUUGUCAUAGGCUGCUUCCCCAUGAACACAAAUGGGUCUCCUUUUAGCGAAACGUGCCCCUAGCUGCGGUUUAGCAAUGCAAUAGCUAGAUAGAAACUCCAGCUGCAGGGGCAGUAUAUCUUCGAACCAUCUGCCUGGCACAAGGCAACAGGAUAAAACUGUUUGAUUCCUACCAUGUUUGUUAGCUUAAAGUAGCUAGAUCAGUCCAUGACUCCCACCCCCACAGCUUGAUGCUCUCCAGCUGCUUUGACAACUCCCAUCCUCCCAAUGCUCGCAGGGGCUGAUGGGAGUUGUAGUCCAAAACAGCUGGAGAGCCCCAAGUUGGGAAAGGCUGAUCUAGGUGCUCUUAUUUGGGGAGUGGAAUCCUGGAUUAAGAUGGGCAGCAAAGUGGUUCAGAUCUUUUGAGAGGAGAGUGUUGCUUAACCCACAAAUCGUCUUUAAAAUAAAAAUAAAAUCGCAACUACUCAACAACAAAUUCUCUGGGUGGCUCACAAAACAAGACAGUAAGUUAAAAAGUUAAAACAAUAAGCAAUAAAAGGUGGGAGAAGGGGGGGAAUACCUCUUUCCUGGCAGGAAAAGAAGCAUAAACAAUCCACAGCCCGGAUUCAGCUACCCUAAGCUACAGCAGCCCACCUUAGAGAGUUGUUUGUAAGGAUUCUCGGAAUGCAGGUCACUUUGAACAUUCUAAAGUGCUCCAUCCUUCUGUGUCCUCCAUCGAGGAAACGGGCGUUAUAGUGGAGUUUGAGGACCAUGAAAACACUCUAGGCAGGGGAGAGAGGCAGGGCCAGGAGGGUUGUGGCCUGGGAAGACGGGGUGCAAUUUAUAGAGAGUCCAAGGGUUCCCCGUGGUUCCCCCUGCCUGACCAAGAAACAAAAAGCACUCAUUUUUUGUUAUUAAGCGGCGGCCAGACGAGUUCACAAAGGGUAGGUCCAUUAGUGGCAAUUCGUCUUCAUAGCUUUAUGAAGCUUCUGGGUUCAGGCGUAGUGUAGGACUGGUUUCCUGGUGGGUGGGAGGAGCCAUCAGGGGGUGGCCUUUGCUUCAUAUCCCACCCGUGGGGCCCACCCAGAGGCAGCUGGUUGGCUUCAUUGCAGAGAAAAUUUCUGGGCUUGAUGGGCUUUUGUUCUGAUCCAGCAGGGCUUCUUUAGGAUGGGAUUGAGAAAGUUAAGGUUGAUUCUCCAUGGCUGGGGGCGCAGGGGGAAUUGGGCAGGUUCAGGCCACACCGUAGAACUGACCCCACCAUCCUCCUUUGUAAGUAACUCACUGCCAUCUGUCCCUUUGGGGCAAAAUCCAUCACUUGAGAACAUUAGAGCUAAAUUUGCCCUCCCUUCCACUGGCAGCAGGGAGCGGCCUGCAGGGGGCGCUUUGGUGUGUCCAUUGACCCAUUGCCUGUAGCCUAUUGUAUGAAUCAGAGCAGUUGCUUGGCUCACUUUCACCUCUGGCCUCACCCGCCCCUGGCCCCUGGCAGGUGCCCCGCAAGGCAAUGUGGCCCUUGAGCUAAAAGAAGCGCCCUGCUCUAUAUUGAUACCGCCCACAACAUUCCAGAAAUUGCACUCGUAAAUAGUCAACCAUGGAGGUGUCUGUGUGUGCGUACCUCAAACCUGAGAAGAAGGGGAGGGGAAAUGGUUAGAGAUUCUUGGGAACCUCCUACGUGGCAUUGCGGAGGCCCACUCAACUUUCCACAUGCUGCCGCUGGAACGUUACUGCUGUUACGAGGGAUAUAUGGCCUAAGCAUUGCUACACAUGUGGAAAGCGAGUGGGAAUCCUGGUUUGAAGGGCAGGUCCGCUCUGCACAUUUUUGUCAUGUUCAGUCCACAUUCAAAGCACGUGGCUCCCCCCCAAAGCAUCCUGGGAGGUUUAGUUUCCCAUUCACGGCUGCCACACUCAGUCGAGGUGGUGGAGAGAGCCCUCUUGGCUUUUCAGAACCUGUGUCUUCCCAGGCUGGCAAGAUCACUCCAGCCGUGAGCUGGUUUUGCUUCCAAAGAUUGAUCUGUGAUGAGGCACCAGGUGUCACAGAAUUGUGGAGCUGGAAGGGACCACUAGGGUCAUCUAGUCCAACCCCCAGCAAUGCUGGAAUCUUUUGCCCAACGUUGGGCUCGAACCCUUGACCCCGAGAUUAAGAGUCUUUGGCUCUAAUGACUGAGCUAUCCCUGACCCUGCUGCACAGACCUUUGGGACAAAGGACUUUACAGGCAGCACCUGAGCCCACUUUCCUGUUUGGCAUCCCGAUGGAUUGUUGGAGAGGUGCAAUAGCCUAGCUUGGGAAACCAGCAGACCAGCUCAUAUUCGGGACCAUGGACUCAGUGAGACACCAUCAGAGGUGAAAAUGCCACAUGGUCACAGGGUGCUUGUGGUGGGUUUCAUUUCUCACAAGCUGUCAGAGGGUGGCCACAGCUGGAAUGAGCGUGAAGAAGGCAGGAGGACUGAGCUGGCUGUUUCUCCUUCAUGGAGCUGCAAUUGCCAGGACCCCUAACAAACCUCAGUUCUUGAGAUUCUUUGGCAGGGGGACAUCAUGUGCUUUAAAUGUGCGAUGGGUGUGCUUUAAGCUCAUGGUGCGGAUUUGCUCCAAGACAGGGGUCAGCAAACUUUUUCAACAGGGGGCCGGCCCAGUGUCCCUCAGACCUUGAGGGGGGGGGGCGGACUAUAUUUUGAAGGGGGGAAAAAUGAACGAAUCUUAUGCCCCACAAAUAACCCAGAGAUGCAUUUUAAAUAAAAGGACACAUUCUACUCAUGUAAAAACAAACUGAUUCUCGGACCGUCUGUGGGCUGUAUUUAGAAGGCGAUUGGGCCAGAUCCAGGCCCCGGGCCUUAAUUUGCCUACCCAUGCUCUAAGAAGUUGACCUUGAAAGAUUGCUUCCCCCAAGGUGAGGUGGGAGAUUUGUAUUCUCCCGCAGCGCUGGUCUCCGUAGAGAGCACCCCUGGCUGAAGGCCGGGAUUGUGUAUACUUUUUGUGUGUGUUUUGAAAAUAAAAUAAAAACCGAGGCAUCCUGUACU